AUGCCCUCCUGUUCUAGCGAGCCGGCAACACCAAUUUUGCGCCCUCCGAAAGCUAUUGAGGGCUCAACCUCAAGAUUGACAACAGUGGAAAAAACUUCCAUUCCAGUCGACCGAGUCUCUCCAAUUCUAUUUGCGGAGAACCAUCAUAAUUCCUCUCCGUUGGUGAUUGCUGCUUGCAAUGGAGGCGCAUCAACAUCACCGCCAACAAAGAAAAAUUCAUUAACUGGUCUGAAAUCAACCCAAGCUCUGGCAUCGGGGAAACCAUCAAGGCAUGAUGUUGUGCCGGCGCUAUCAUACCAACUUGUUGUCACUGUUCAAGAUGACGAGAAGUCCGUUUCUGAUCAAGUUUUUCCAAUGGAAACAAUGGAGGAAGUCUGA